AUGACAAGAUAUGACCAGAGAGCCAUGUGUAAUCAUCUGGUAAACUUUCUUGAAGUACUAGAGAUAAUGGAGUUUCCAACAACAGAGAAAAGAGUGGCACUUGUCAUUGUCCCAGUUUUAAGUGAGACUCUUCAAAUCGAUUGCACACGUCAACUUCCAGAUGACAAAGCUAAGUAUGUCUAGUGUAACAAAUGCACUGAAUGGUAACAUACAACUUGCAGUAACAAAAAAUAAUUAUUACAAAAAGUAGCCGUUAAAUCAUAUUUCCUAGCACUGAUCAUAAUAUUUGAGGUAAUGGUCGUUUUAUAAAAUACAAAAAAGGCCUCAACUUUUUUUUUAAUGAGACUUAAAAAUUAAAGGCUCCUCUAAUCUAUACCACAAGGGGUUACAUCACAUGGCCCUAAUUCUCAAGAAAGAAGAGAACCUCAGUAGUAAGUCAAUAAGGUAAAUUCCCAAGACUGAUGAUCUGUUAGUCACACCCAUGUCCAAGCAAGGUGAUAUAGAUGACGUGAACAAUUAUUGUCCAAUCUUCAUUAUCCCAGUUGUGGUCAAGGUAUUGGAGAAAAUAGUCUAUGAACAUUUAUAUGCGUUUUUAGAGGAGCACGAUAUACUAAGCAAAUAUCAGUUGGAUUUUGGUAUCAUUCACUCAACUGCUACAGCUUUCCUUGAGGCAACUGACUCCUGGCCAUGUUAUCUAGACGCUGGGAAAAUCAAUGCAGUUAUUUUUGUAGAUCUAAAGGAAGCUUUUGAUUCCACUGAUCGCAACAUCCUUUAAGGUAUAUUUGGGAAUUCAUAAAAAUGGUUUCUGUCGUAUUUGGAAACCCGCAAGUUUAAAUAAACAUAAAUAAAAUGAAAUAAAACUGCCCCACCAAAUAAAAAGCCUACGUUAUUAUGCCCAAGUGAGAUUGUUUUAGACCAAAACCAUCCCAGUGAGUUUUCUACUAAGUCUGUUAACAUUAAUCACUAACAAUUUGACUCUAAUACUAUCUGUUGCUUGAUCCUUAAUUAAAGGUCAAAUGCCUCUGGCCACAGGGAGAAUCAAAAUGUCUGCUGUUAUUAAAGGCUUCUAUCAUCUUCUAAAACUCAGAGGGAUUGUUUCAAUCUAAAACAGUAUUUGCAAAUACUGCAAAAUAAAGCUGCAAAAGUUAUCCUCGAUUUGCCAAGCUAUGCUUCAUCCACUGAUACUUUAAGAACUCUUGGCUGGCCAACACUGCUCCAACAGCACUUUCUACAUAAAUACAUUCAUGGGCUUGUGGAAUAUAGCUUUAACAUUUUAAGAAAUUCUGACAUCCACAGUUAUAAUACAAGAAGAAAGAACAAUUUCCGCCUUCCUCUUGUUAAAAGAAACUAUGGAAAACAAAGACUUCAAUACAUAUGCUCAAAAGAAUAGAAUCUUUUAGGCACUUCCUUGAAAGAAAUCAACUCUCCUCCUUUUUAAGCAGAGUGAAAAACUAUAUAUUUAGUUAACUCAGUGUUGAGAUUUUUUAGCCUCCACAAUUAAGCAAUUUUUAAAAACAUAUUCAGUGUAUUUCACAGUUUUUAUAUUUUCAACUUGUUAUCUAUUUAUGAUGAAAUUUAUUUUAUGUCACAGGGCCUCACUUAAUACCACUUUCCAGUGAUGUGAGCAACUGUAUAAAGACUUAUUAUUAUUACUAUUAUUAUUAUUAUUCAUUCCGGUACAGCAUUUGAACAUCAUAGAAGCUGAAUAUCUAUCAAAGGUGAUUUGCAGACUGUAGUCUUUAAAGAAGCAUCUGGCGGUCUAGUCUUGAAUGAACUGGCAACAAAAUAUAGGCUUGGGGAUUAUGAAGUAAAGCUCCACAGGAUGUCAAAGGGAAUUUGAAAAAAAACUGAAAAUUUUGCAUAAUCACAGAUAAACAGUGGCAAUUAGAGCUACAAAUCAUGCUCCCAGGGAAAGCAGGCAGCGAAGUACAAGGUGUUUUAAUUAGCAUCUGAAUAAUAUUUAGAGUCUGACUGGAAUAUUACAUUCUCCCUGACAUUCUGUAAUUGUCAUCAAGCAUGAUAGAAUUUUCACCCCUUUGAGGAGGCCGUUCUUUCAGUCCUCCCACAAUAAUUUAUUUACAAUAUUUGCUAGUCUUUACUAAAUGCAACAAAAUUUAAAAUGAGACUACAUUUUUGUGCUCUGUUUGUCACACGCACAAGCUGAGUAGAAGGAAUAUUUCCUUAUCAGUAAGAGAAACAAUUCUACUGUUUGGGAACAUAUCUCGAAGCAGUUAAAUCAGCUGCUUGCUGGGAAAAAAUCUUUGCUGCAUUCAUAAUGCACCCCAAUACAAAGCACACGAUAAAAAUUUGGAACAUGACUAUAAAAGGAUCAAGGAUCAUAAGAGGAAAAGCAGAAAUGAUCAAAGAACCUUCCCAUUUUUUGACAACAUUAUUGAAGUGCUUGCCUGUUAACCAAGGAUAACACCUAAGAAAGUUGCAGAAUGUGGGUUUGUUGAGUAAGCUAGUCCCUGUGCUUCCACGUCUUCUUGCUCCACUACACCUUCAAGGGACUUUAACAUCAAAGGACCCAUAAAACAGAACCUUGUGUAUUCUGAAUAUUUAUUCUUCAAAAGAAAACUGGGCAGCAAAACAUAAGUAAGCAAAGACAGCCCCUAAGAUACAAAGAAGAAACAGCUGUGGGCUUGCAAGUCAUAGAAGGCAGAGGAGGCUGAUCAGAGAGCUGCAGAUUACUUUGCAUUUUUGACCCAGAGUCAAAACAGAGACCAUGAAUUCUUUGAAAGAUUGGUUGAAAGAGGGGCAGAGAGGGAGCUAAAGAGCCAACAGAUGAUGUGUUCAACCGUCAAAGAAAUUGCAAAGAUUUUUCUAGGGGGACAAGUAAAGACAGUCAAAGAACAGUGACUAUACAGACAGUGUGUAUAGUCAGGUGAAAUAUUUCUAGACAUCAGUUACAGUUGAAGCUUUUCAUGCUGUAUUUUCUAAGUGAAAGUUCACAAUACCAUAAUUAGUUUUAAUUGGAUUCAAUACAUGAACAAACACAGUUUGUAACAUGUUAAUAAAUCAAGUUAAAGUACAAAAUAAUAAUACAUAUGGAGAGAAAUUCUACACAGAUCAGUCAAUUUAUAACUAGAUAAAAAUUCUGAGGUCAAGGUACUUAAUCAUUUUGAUGGCAUUCAACAAAAGACCCAAGUGGUUAAAAGUUCUAACUAUGUUUUCCACUGAAUUUCAAAUGUUCUCGAAUGUGAAGGGGAAAAAGAAAAGUUUUUUUUAAUUAAUGGCACACACUGUUAAUGUUGGCAAUAAAAAAUAGAACACUAAAAAAAGUUAUAUUCUAUUUGGUAACCUUGUGCCUUCAUGGUUUGCAUCAUGGUAAUGGGAGAACAAGGUACUGUCCACCAAUGUGGAUAUCCACAACAGUUUCAUCAUGAAUGUUCAAACAAAUGUUGUGCAAAAUUCAACAAGCAGAGAGAGCUCUAAAUUCCUCAAAAAGAGGUCGUAAGAACACAGAGUCUACAAAGAUGCAUAUUGUCUAUGAUGCUUCCAUAGGAGAAAAUGCAAGGGUCCCCAGACUCAACAAGUGUCUUGAAAUUAGCCCUCUGCUACAGAACCAGCUUUCGAACAUGGUUCUAUCCCCUAGCAAAAAUCAGCGAUUUGAAGCAAGCAUUUUUGCCAAUUUGCAUGUGAAGAGGAGACCGAGAUGCCUUAUACUUUUGUUGGUGAAAAGAUCUGACAAGCAAGCCAGUAGAAACCUUGCAAUUCUUUCGAGUACUCUUUGGUUUAGCAUUGUCUCCAUUCCCCCUAGCUGCAGUUAUUAAAAAACAUCUGUAAAUGUUUCUUUUCAAGCUAGAGUUGGAAACUCGAUUCCCAGGUUGAUAGACACGCAUGCAAUAGACACCAAACCAAUAUAGGAUCUUUUCUUCCUUUAUUCUUUUUCCUAUUCCUUGGGGCGUUAUUAUAUCAAAGCGGUCAACUGAAAUCAUUACGUGAAGAAAUUACCUAAGUAUUGUGAUCAUAGCGUAAGAAUAAUCUCAAUUUUGGAAAAAAACAUGUGACAAUUAAAAGAGCCAAAAGAAAGGUAGAAACAAGCAAUAAAUUUCGUGUUGCUAGAUAACAAUCACAAAACAAGUUAUUGCUUACCAAAAUUCGCGGGUCUUGAUUACUUUAUCGAGGAUUAAAGUCUAACUUGUCUUCUAUUUAAAAACGAUCUUGAUCACACGGGGUCUUAUCUUGAACUGAAACGCUAACUGUAAUUUUCUGUCUUAAAAAGAACUAAUCACGGGGGCAACAACCUAACCGGAAAAUAUUUUGCAGCUUUUCUCUGAAGCGGUAACACUUAACUUCAACGGAAGCAGUUACAACAUCUACAACAAUACAAAAGUCAGAACUAGUAGAGGAUUGAGAGCAGCAUGUACAUGAAUGAUAAAAUCAGUGGCGGGAAGACAACAAAACAAAUGUUUGGAAUCAUGAUAUGGUCACUUCACCAAAGAUCGUUAUCUGUCCAUCAAUGUGGAUAUCCACAUCAGAUAAAGAAAGUCAGAGUUAUGCCAAACAGCAACUGGUUACAAAGCAGGGCAAAUCAAAAUUGCUAGGAGUUCUGUGGGAAAAAGACAAAAUUUAGGUCAGCUUUCUGACUUCAACCAAUGAGCUGACAAAUAGGGGGCAUCCUGACAAAAGUAGCACAAAUUUACGAUCCACUUGGACUAGCUUCAUCCUAUGACCCUCUCUGGAAAAAAAGCUUUACAGAGAUGCCUGUGACACAUGUAUUGCAUAGAAUAACCCCCUACCAUGUGACUUACCAGCCAAAUGGAGGAAAUGGGAACAAUGACUUUCAGAGCUAGUGAAUGCAUCAAGAAACGUAGUGGAGCAGGAAGAGAAGAUCCUAACAACUGACUUUCAAACAUUCAGAGAUGCAAGCAGGGAAGGAGUUUCAGCCACGGUUUGCGCAGUAUUGGAGCAACCAUCAGGCACAAAUCAAGGCCUUGUAAUGGCAAAAUCAUGGCUCCCAAAGAAAGAACUUACAAUUCCCCUUUUAGAACUAUUGGCUGGACAAAUGGCUACAUACCUAGCACAAAACAUCAAAGAAGUCCUGGAGGGUUUUCCUGUGAGAACUGUUUAUGGUUGGCUGGAUACCUCAGUAACACUGCACUGGAUCCAUGGAAACAGAAAAUGCAAGCAGCUAGUCAGAAAUUGGGUGAGGAAUAUCCAAGUAAAACAAAUCAACUGUAGGCAUGUACCAACAGAAGAGAAUCCAAGAGACUCCCAGAUGUAUGGAGUUGGGGAGGAGAUGUUAACAGAUUGAGAGCUCUUUGGCGGCAGGGACCAAGCUGGUUAUCACAACCACAGGACUGGCCACCAGACCUUGUAACAAAAUCCACUUAAGGAAUCAAAAGCAGAAGAAGUAAAACAAAUGUCCAAGUUGUUUGCCAUAGUGGCAGAGAAAACAGAGAAGAGCGACACCUUCAGUGAGCUGCUCAACAAACACAAGCAGUGGCAUGUGUUGCAAGUGGGUGCUAGGAUUGUGAGAUUCCUCCACAACAUGACAACUGCCCAGAAACAGAGAGUUGUUGCACCCCUUACAACUGAAGAAAUAAAGAAAUAGACUACAUUCUGGAUCAAGUAAGCCCAACAUCAAGUACAUUUAGGUGGGAAACUUUUUACAGUUUAAUGUGCAAAGAAAUCAAAAGGGAAUAUUAGAGAAAUCAAGGCAUUUCCCUAUCUUUCUGCCUGACUCCUUGCCCCUCACUAGCAAGUCAGUCACACUAAUUUAAAGAAGUUCAUGAAACUGGGUAAAUGACCACUGACAACAGGGUAAUAAUUAACAAUUGGUUCAUACGUCAGCGUGCGUUUAUCGAGAUAUGAAGCAUGCGGGAAGUUUGGAGAGCAUGUGUAAGAGUUGCUCAAGGCGUAGCCGAGAGCAACUCUAGCUUCUUGAGUGCUCUCCAAACUUCCCAAGUACUUCAUAACUCGAUGAACGCACAGCUGACAUAUGAACCAAUCAUUUUAUAACAUUUUCAACCCGAUGGAAAUUUUUUUCCCUCGAGGGAUUUGCUUGCUGACGUCAUAAGCGUGCACAAUAGGAAUAUGAAGCACACUUGUGCAAUUGAAUUUGAUUAGGAAAAUUUACCAGCUAUGUUAUAACAUUGUAUGUUAACGUAAGAGAUUGUUUUCUUGUGGUUUUAGGAACAAAUCAGUAGCUAUGCUGCCACACAAAGAUUUAAUUGUCAUGCAUCCAAUCGUGUUCACCUUUUGCUUGCAUGAAUUAGUUAUCUAGUUGAAUCAAAGUUGCACUUCUUGCAAUAUCAUGCUAGUGUUCUGGCAGCUGUGGAAUACAAAGAGUCUCUAAGUAACUCUCUUCUUUUGAAAAUCUCAGCAACAUUAGUCAGUCUUAGUGUGCACAAACAAUGUAUCUGACUUGAGUUUGCUCAAAAGUAAAGAAGUGAAUGCCGAUGUCACCGACCAUUAUGAUGACUUAGACGUCAAUUGUUUCAAUUGUCUAGUGAACAAAGAAAGUCAAUCAACACCCUUAGAACUACAGGAAGAUCAAUCUUCAGCUUCUUCUGAUUAACAGGAAUUGGUAAAUUCCAUUAGGGACUUUUAGCAUCGACAGAUUUUAGGACAGCUACAGCGACUGGAAGUACCACUUUUCAACAGCUUCAACUGCAAGAGACCUUGCUGGCCAGGAUCAGAGGGGGAAAUUGGUGAUCAGAUGACAGAGAGCCCCAAGCUGUAAAUGGAGAGAACUGUGCUAAAGUACUUGAGAGAUUGAGAAUAAAAAAUGCCUCCAAGAGGGAUGAGAGAGAAGUUGAGAGCAGACCCUCAAGAUCAAGUCACAAUUAAGAUUACAUAAUUUGUGCUUAGUUUCCUUUAUUUGUGUUAAUGUUAUCUUGAAAUAGUUAUUGAUUGUUGUAUUGUUUGAUGUACAUAAAUUGGCCUUUAUGGGAAAAAAAAUGGAAAAAAAUGAAUAAUAGCAAAAUGUGUCUGUAAUAUUGCUUACCAUUUAUCUCAAAUUCCACGAUUUUGAAUCUACAGUGUUAUUUUUAUGUUACAGUAUUUGAUGUAGACUUCUAUAAAUUAUGUGACACGGAUGUCGUUACAUAUGUCGUGACAUCGCGUCACGACUAUGUUCGCAAUGUAUUACGGAUAAAACUGUAUGAGCACGCCUUCAAGAUGUCGUGGUAAUGUUGUUGUUUAUAAAGGUUUUUUUUUUUGGAAAAUGAGCCUUUAUCCUGUCUCGAAUGAUUGAGCGAACCGCGAACUACGACAGAGCAACAACAGAUUGUUAAAAUUGAAUAUUUUACAAUUAUGCAAUAGUUCCAUGUUUUGCUGCAUAAAAGUUGCUUUUCAACUUUCCCUGUCCUUUCAGCAACCCUUAGAAUUUUUUUUAAGGAUGACCGCAAAAAUUCCUUUCUCUUUCUCUUGUAGAUAUCAGAUGUAUCUGACACGGAGCUAGCAGCAACUGCAUUUGAAUCAGAGUUUGUGCAACUAAUGUAUGAGGCUGGGGAAACCAGAGUUGUCGCUGUAAGUCAUCCUAAGUAUAUCAUAUUAACGUUAAUGUAUAUCAGAACAAAAAAGAAUUUGUUCCUUCAAUGAUAUUCAUGUAUCCUUAUUGCCUUUGACAAUAGGUAGAUCUAAACAUACACCCAAGUAGCUCAAGUGUUUAUCUUUAUCUUAUCUUGGAGUAUCUUCCAGCUUACGGUGAAAUUCCUUUACAUUUGCAGCCUGACAAUUACUUAUGUGUACAUUUGCAGCCUGACAGUCACUUAUGUUUCAUGACAUUCUUGUAAAAAGAAAGUCUAUCCUUGAUCAGUUCAGAAAAGGUCUCUCCACCCUAGGCAUUUCAGCAGAGAUGGAACAUAAUCCAGGAUUAUUUGAAUAAUUGUUUGUUCAUCAGGGUGGACUUACAAAUGAUUUUGUAAUCAGCGGCCUGUAUUUUCAAGAUUCAUCUGACAAGGACGGAAGUGAUGACUGUGUGUACCAAAUGCUAAAGACUUUCAUAACAACUCUAUCUGUAGAUGAUUUGAAGAAAUUUCUUAGGUUUGUCACAGGCACAUCUGAAGUUUUAAAGUCCACUUUGCCCCAUCGCAUAUCAGUAUAUUGUUACAAUAGUGGUGACAGUAUUUUCUCAUCAACAUGUCUUCUUGUGCUUAAGCUUCCAAAGCAUCUCCAAAAUUAUACAGCUUUUGACUUAGCUAUGAGAACUGUUAUCAAUGGUUCAUCAUUCACAACAGCCUGAGAACUGUGCUAAAUUGUCUGUAUUUUCAGUAUUCUUGUGACCAGGAUGCAAGUGGUGAACACAGCUUUACCAAAUGCUUCGGGCCUCUGUAAGAAAUCUCCUCCUAGAGUUUUAUUAAUUUUAUCAGAGAAAAAUGUGUACAUCACCAAUGUGUACAUCACAUAUCAGUAACUUGUCAUGGUGAUGAAAAUUAGUCUUUUCUUUUAUCUGCAUACGUUUUGUGGAUGUUGACUAACCUUGAAAGAAAAAGAGACAUCCAGGUUAUUAUUCAACUUAAUUCUAUACACCAUUUUCAAGAAAUGAAAAAUAAUUAAAUGUCACUGUUGAAACAUUUACAGGCAGUCUGGCAUCUAAAAGUAUUCUUUCUCUUUCGUAUAUUUCCAGCUGUUCUGCUAAAUAAUUAUUUAGUUUAAUGUUGCACGACCUUAAGAGAAUGCGUGUUGAGCACUAAUAAGGCCAACAUUCAUAUUUUACUAGUCACUUCUCAAGAAGUCUUUCAAAAAAUUAACAUUGUAACCCCAGGAAGAACAUAGUCUUCGAGGGACAUCAGUUUUGGCAGAAAACACGGAAAGAUUCUAAAACCGUGGAUCAGUUCGUCACACUUUUGAAAAACAAGGUGAAAUCUUGCGAGCACUCAUUGCUGGUUGAUGACAUGGUGCAAGACAAGUUCGUGUUUAGUAUACCAGAUCUACAAGUGAAGGAACGAUUACUGAGGGAAGAGAAGCUUACACUGGAAAAAGCUAUUGCUAUUGCAAGAGCAUCCGAGGCUUCAAAAGAACACAUUAAAGUGAUGGGCCAAAGGAGCAAAACAUGGAAAAUCCAACCGGGAAUGAAAUUCAAGCUGGCAGCAGCAGACAAAAAAAAUCCUUCAUGCCAACUGAGGUUCAGGCUCACUAUAAAGAAAGUGCACAUUUUGUGGUUCUUCUUGCCCUGCUUUGGGCAAAACAUGUGACUACUACCAGAGAACUGCUUCCCUACACAAACACGGUUAAAUUUUGCAAAGCUUGCACAGCACUUUCCAAACUAAUACUUAAACUUUCCUUAAAACAGUGUCAUUUGUAGAAUUUUUUUUGUUCGUAUGCACUCAACAGCUCCUCUAAAUUGGUAAAAAAUAAAAUCCAUUGGCUGUUUACCCAUGUUUUUACACCGUUUUGUUCACUUUCUUUGAUACGGUCCGCCAUCUUGCUUCAAGAUAGUAGUUUCCAGUCCGUCUUGCUAGUAUGAGGUAGAUUUGCACCCAAUUUGUUGAUGCAAAUUUUUGUUUGUUGAUCUUUAAAGCGGUUAGAUAGUCUUAAUAAUGAAGCAUAAGAGACUUUUUUCGAGGUGAUUUUCUCUCUUGAUUUAAGAGUUAAAAACAGCAUUGAAAGUGCCAAGUUGAUGGCAUUGAUGUUGAGAGAAAAUCACUGAAUUUAGUAUCAAUUUGCUGAUUUUGAAAUAAAUAUUCAUCCUUUAAUUUUGCUACAAGAUGGCGACCAUACUUGACAAGACAAAAAGAUGAAUUUCAAUAACCAAGGAAGUAAGUUCCUUGCAAUAAACCAGCUUUGAAAUAAUCAUACCUGUUACAAUUUAUCUUCUCAGCUGCUUAGACAAUGCCCAUCCAGUUGCUAUUAGAUUGAAUCAUCUUCUUAAAGAAGGAAAGGUUCCAAAAGAUUGUUUAUAUUUUAAAUCUAUCAACAACACGGCUGCAUUUGCUUCAGUCAAUCCACAUUCUGUAUCAGACUUAGUGUGGAAUAGAGGUGUGUGCCAGUUUUUUAUAUAAUUGAGUACCUAGGUGGAAUAACUCGGAACCUUCUUCGGAACUGAAAGCAGAUUAUUGAAAGAAUUCCAAACAUUUUCAGAUUGUAACCUCUGUGAUCCUUCAACAAAUUCAUCUAACCAUUUUAAAGUCGGAUUUACUCCAGACAUUGUAGCAAUGUUUAAAGCACCAGCCUGCAACCAACCACAUUGUAUCCUGUCAAAACUCAUUAUGCUGUGGCAGUUGCAAUGACAGUUUGAAAGUAAAGUCUGUUCAAAUGGUAAAGAAAGAGGCCACCUGUCAUAUAUUCCCUCAUUACAAGCUUGCAACAAGUGUCUUAAUGUGGGCUUAAAGUGCGACAGAUUUGUCAUUUUUGUCCUUGUAACCAAUACUGAAGAGUAUAACAAGAAAUCACUGCUAACACUGGACGCAAUGGUGAUGGAUGGAACCCUACCCAUGGAACUAUCCCCUCCUAACUUUGCUGGAUGUAAUUCACCUUGGAGAGAGCUAAAAAUUCAUCUGGCCCAGCUAGUUUACUGGUAUUGUCCUUGAAGAAAUGAAAAGCUAUCUUUUCCUGAUACACAUGUUGCAUGACACUGGUAUACUCGGACCCCUGACAGUCCAAGAAUGGGAUCGAGCCCUGCAAGUCAUAAUCCCCAGCACACAAAAAGCCACCUUUAGCAAGCUAACAAGAGACACCAGAAAAGAACCCCAGCUUCCGAGACAAAUCCAAAGCAGUGCCAUGAAAGCACUCAAAGGUUCACAAUUGUGACAUCUCAACCCAUUUCUGGACAGCCAUGGGAUCCCCCACAUCUGAGGCAGAUUAAGGAGAGCAGAGAUAGAGUACGGAGAGAAACAUCCAAUCACGCUACCGAAAACCACCAUGUUUCACAGCUAGUGGCUAAGCACUAUCAUCACAAGGCACACCACCAAGAGAGACAGAUUACACAAGGUGCGAUCAGACAAGUAGGAUUCUGGCUCAUUGAAGGUCAUGACACAGUGACGAAAGGGAUUGGAGCCUGCAUACUCUGCAAGAAGCUGAGAGGACCUAAGUCUGUCCCCCCUUAACUAACAUAGGAUUUGACGUCUUUGGCCCCUGGAUGGUGCCAACACGUAAGACAAGAGGAAGAGAAGUGAACGCUAAGCGGUGGGGCCUAGUGUUCACGUGCCUCAGUAGCAGAACCAUUCACAUUGAAGUCUUAGAGGCCACAGAUUCCAGCACCUUUAUCUGUUCAUUUAGGAGGUUCUUCACACUAUGCGGCCAUGCCAAAUUCCUCAGAUGCAAUCAAUCUAAGAAGCGACAAUAGCAGGGUCAGGAAAGUCAAAGUAGAUAUGGUCAGAGACAGAGAAAGGAAAACCUACCUACGGCCGAUCAAGGAGCUAGUUCUACUCCUGAGCCACCCAGUCUGUUCAGACCAACAGUAGACGUCAAUGUAUUUGAGUAGCAAGGAUUAGAAUCCUUGGGCGCGGAGUGUAAUGAACACUUGAAGACGACUUUGAUUAUGCAAUAGUUUUGUUCUGAUUUAAAGUAGGGAAAAAGUUCUGUUUUGUUUCUUUGUUGCGUUUACGCUCUAAAAAUAGAAACUACUAAUACAAAGUUAUUGCCACGGAGCAACUGAUAUGGAGCUACUGAUAUCAAGCUACUAAUAUGGAGUUACCGAUACAGAGCUUCUGAUACAGAGCUACUAAUAUGGAGCUAUUGAUACAGAGAAACUGUUAGUAUCAUGUAGCUGCUCUUAUCCAGCUACUUCUACGGACCUACAAAGCUACUGAUAUAGGAGUUACUGAUGCAGAGCUACAAACACAGGAGCUAUUAAUUAAGAGCUACUAAUACUAAUUUACUGAUACUGAGCUUCUGAUAUAAAGCUACUAAUACAGAGCUACUGAUACAGGGUCUCUUGAAACAAUUGUUAAUGAUACUGAGCUACUUAUACAACACUACCCAUGAGGAGCUUCUUUUUCACAUCUAGUAAUACAGAGCUAGAGAGCUACUAAAAUUGAGCUACUAGUGUGGAGCUACUGAUAUGAAUCUGUUGAUACUGUGCUACUGAUACAGGUUACUGAUACUAAUAAGAUAACACUGAUCCCGAGCUACUGAUAAAGAGAUUCUAAUACAGAGUUACUAAUAGAAAUAUAGAGCUACUGUUAUCAAUCCACGUAUAUGUACCUACUUAUACUGAGCUACUGUUACAGGAGUUACAGAGCUACCAAUACAGGAUUUAUUAUUAGCUACUGAUACAGAGCUUGUGAUAUAAAGCUACUGAUACCAAGCAACAGAUAUGGAACUAAUGAUAUGGAGUGGAGCUACCAGUACGGAACUACUGAUACAGAGCUACUAAUACAAGAACUAAUAAGACAGAACAACCGAUACAGAGGUACUGGUACACAGCCUCAGAUAUGGAGCUACUGGUGUAGAGCAGCCUCAGAUAUGGAGCUACUGGUGUAGAGCAGCCUCAGAUAUGGAGCUACUGGUGUAGAGCAGCCUCAGAUAUGGAGCUACUGGUGUAGAGCAGCCUCAGAUAUGAAGCUACUGGUGUAGAGCAACUGAUUUAGAGCUACCCAUACGGGGCUAUUGUUAGUGAUGUGGAGCUGCUCUUAUCCAGCUACUUCUAUGGACCUACUUUUAUGAAGCUACUGAUACAGGAGUUACUGAUACAGAGCUACCAAUACAGGAGCUAUUAAUUAGGAGCCACUGAUUCUGAAUUACUGAUACAGAGCUUCUGAUAUAAAGCUACUUCUAAAGAGCUACCGAUACAGGGGCUCCUGAGACAUUUGUCAAUGAUACUGAGCUACUUAUACCACACUACCAAUGUGGAGCUUCUUUUCCAGAUUAAGUAAUACAGAGCUAGAGAGCUGCUAAACUUGGGUUACUAAUGUGGCACUACUAGUGCAGAGCUACUGAUAUUUAUCUGGUGAUACUGUGCCACUGUUAGUAAUAUGGAGCUGCUCAGUAACAACUAAUACAGUGGUACUGCUACACAGCCUCAGAUAUAGAGCUACUAGUGUAGGCAGCCGAUACAGAGCUACUCAUACUGAGCUAUUGAUCGUAAUAUGGAGCUACUGACAUUGAGUUACUUAUAUGGACCAACUGAUAAGGAGCUACCAAUAUGGAGGAAAUAAUCCAGAUAUACUGAGAUGAAAAGACUACGAGAGAGCUACUGAUAUGGAGCCACUGGUUCAGAGCAACUAGAAAAGAGCUACUAAAACGGAGAAGCAAAUUCAGAGGUACUGAUACAAAGCUACUACUAAGAAGCCACAUAUGUGAGGCUACUACUACCGAGGUAUUAGAACAGAGCUAUUGAGCUACUAAUACACAAACUUAUAAAAUGGAACUAUUGAUAGAGGAAUUACAGAUGCAGAAGCUACUCAUACAGACUACUAAUACUGAGACUACUGAUAAGGAAGUACAGUAACUGAGGUACUGAAAACCUGCAACUAAUACAGAGUUAACCAACCAGAAAUACCAAUGCAAGGGCUACUGAUACAGGAGCUGCUUGUACAAAGCUACUGAUACGGAACUACUUACAUGGAGCUACUGAUACGCCGCUACUUGUACAAUUACUGAUACAGAGCUUCUCACAUAAAGCUACUGAUACCAAGCAACAGACAUGGAGCUAAUAACAUAGAGCUACUGAUACAAAACUAAUGAUACAGGAGCUACUGAUAUGGAACUAAUGAUAUAGAGCUACUAGUACAAAGCUACCAACAUCGAGCUACCAAUCGAGGAUCUACUUGAACAGACCUACUGACACAGAGCUACUGAUACUGAGGAACUGAUACAGAGCUACUAAUACAGAAGCUACUGGUGUUAAGCUAGUAAUAGGGGCUAAUAAUACAAAGUAACUCAUACAAACCCACUUAUAUAGAGCUACCGAUAGAGGAGUUACUGACACAGAGAUACCAACACAUGAGCUAUUAACUGAGCUACUGAUAUGGAAUUACUAAUGCAGAGCUUCCGAUAUAGAACUAACGAUACCAAGCUACAGAUAUAAAGCUAAUGAUGCAAAGUACCUAAUACAGAGCUACUGAUAUGGAGCUACUGAUGUGGAGCUACUGAUGUGGAGCUACUGAUGUGGAGCUACUAAUAGGAGCCACUGAUACAGAGCUUGUGAUACAGGGCUACUGAUACAGAAGCUACUGGUCUCAAGCUAAUAAGAUGAAGCAACCAAUGCCGAGCUAUUGGUGUCAAGCUAGUUAUAUGGAGCUACUAAUGCAGACCUACUAUUAUCGAGCUACUUAUACAAACCUACUUAAAUGAAGCUACUGAUACAGGAGUUAGUGAUAAAGAGAUACCAAUACAUGAGAUAUUAAUUAUGAGCUACUGAUAUAGAAUUACUGAUAUAGAGCCUCUGAUAUAAAGCUAAUGAUACCAAGCAACAGAUAUGGAUCUAAUGAUAUGGAGUUUAAGAUAUGGAGCUACUACUAUUGAACUACUGGUACAGACCAUCUGAUAUGGAACUACUGAUACAGAGGUAAAGAUAUGCAGUUAAAGGUAAUGGGCUACUGAUACCCAGCUAUGAGUACGGAUGUGCCACCAAUAUAGAUCUCGUAAUAUGAAGCUAACGACACAGAGUUACUAACGGGUAGCUACUGACUUGAUGUUUCCUAUAUGACAUGACUAAUAAGAAUAUCCAAAAAUAUGGAGCUACUGAUAGAGAGCUACUAAUUUGGAGGUCCUGUAACAGAAGCUGCUGAUACAGGAGCUGCUAAUGUGGAGAUCCUAUGUAGAGCUACUGAUGCAGAGCUACAGAUACGGAGCUUGUGAUACAGAACUAGUGAUACCAAGCUACUUAUAGGGAGAUACUGAAAUGGAGCUGCUAUUAUUUACAAAGUUCUUACUGAUACAGAGGUACUGCUAAGAAGGUAGUGAUUUGCAGCUACUGAUAUUUGAUGCAGAGCAUAAAUCUACUGAUAAUGAACAACUUAGGUAGAAUUACUGAUACAAAGCUUCUGACAGGGAGCUAUUGGUAUGCAGGUAGUCACAGGGAGCUGCUGAUAGAAGGCUACAGAUAUGGAGCAACUGAUACAGAGCUACUGAUACACAGGUACUGAUACAGAUACUGAUAUGGAGCUACUAUUAUUAAGCUAUUAAUAACGUUCCUACUGAUAUGGAGGUAUUGAUACCAACAUAGUGAUAAGCAGCUACUAAUACAGAACUUCUGAUAUAGAGCAUAUCUUCUCAGAAGGAUCUUUCCGUAAGGAGCUUCUGAUACAGACCUACUGACAGAGAGCUACUGAUACAAGGCUACAGAUAUAAAGCAAAUGAUACAGACCUAAUGAUACAGACCUAUUGAUACAAAGCUAUUGAUACUAAUCCUCACGUAGGAAUCUAUUGAUAGAGAGCUACUGAUACAAAGCUACUGAUACAAGGCUACUGAUACAAGGCUACUGAUACAAGGCUACUGAUACAAGGUACUAACACAGAGUUACAAAUGUUGAGGUUCUGAUACAAACGAUUGAUAAAGGAGUUACUGAUAUGGAGCUACUGACAAGAAGUAACCAAUACUGAGCUAAUAAAUCAUACUUAAACUUCUAAUAGAAAGCUUUUAGUAAAAGGCCACUAAUUUGGAGCUAAAGCUACAGUUACCAACUGCAAGCUAUUAAAAAGGAGCUACUACAAAGCUACUAAUACAGGACCUAUUGAUAAAAAGCUCCUUGUACAACAGCUACUGAUAUGAAGCUACUACAACCUACAUAGUAAAGAAAGAGCUAGUGAUACAGAGCUAAUUAGAUGAACCUAUACAUAAGGAGCUACGGAUACUGAGCUAAUGAUAAAGGAACUAAUGAUACAGUAGCUAAUAACACAGAACUACUAAUUGUUAGCUACUGAGACAGAGUUCCUUGCAUGGAGCAACUGAUCAGGAGAUACUGACAUCAAAAUACUGAUAGAGAACCACUGAUGUGAGGUUACUAAUUUGGAGAUCCUAAUACAGGAGCCACUGCUACAGGGCUACUAGUACCAAGGUACAAAUACAGGAGCUACUGUUGCAGGGCUCCUAACAUGGAGUUACUGUUACUGCUACGGAGUUACUAAUGUUGAGGUUCUGCUACAAAAUGAUUGAUAAAGGAGUUACUGAGAUAGAGCUCCUUAUACACAGCUACUGAUAAGAAGUAACCAAUACUGAGCUAGUAAAUCAUACUUAAACUUCUAAUAGAAAGCUUUUAAAGAAAAGCCGCUAAUUUGGAGUGAAAGCUACAUAUUUACUAACUGCAAGCUGUUAAAAAAGAGCUACUACAAAGCUACUAAUACAGGACCUAUUGAUAAAAAGCUCCUUGUACCACAGUUACUGAUAUGGAGCUACUACUACCUGGAUAGUAAUAAAGGGCUAGUGAUACAGAGCUAAUUAGAUGAACCUAUACAUAAGGAGCUAUGGAUACUGGCUUAUGAUAAAGGAACUAAUGAGCUAAGGAGCUAAUGGAGCUAAUGACAGAAAACUACUAAUAGGAAGCUACUGAGACAUAGUUCCUUGUCUGGACCUACUGAUCAGGAGAUACUGACACUAAAAUACUGAUAGAGAGCCACUGAUGUGAGGCUACUAAUUUGGAGUUCCUAAUACAGGAGCCACUGAUAGCGAUCUACUACUACCAAGGUACAAAUACAGGAGCUACUGUUACAGGGCUCCUAGCAUGGAGCUACUGUUACAGAGCUAUUAAUACAGGAGCUACUGAUAUGGAGCUACUGACACAGAGCUACAAAUACAGACUUCUAACAUGGAGCUACUGAUAAGAGCUUCUGAUACAAAGGUAAUGAUAAGGAGUUACAAGUAUAGAGCCCCUCCCAUGGAGUGACUGAUAUGAAGCUACUAACAAGGAGCUGCUGAAAAGGAGCUACUGAUUGAGGAACUACUGAUGUAGAGCCAUCAGUACAGGAGCUAAUGAUAUGCAGCUACCGACACAAAGCUACUGAUACAGAGUAACUGACACCAAGCUACUGAUAGCUAACUUCUAAUACAGAAUUACUUUUAUGGAGCUACUGAUAUGAAGCUACUGAUACAGGUGCAAGUAGUACAGGGCUACUAUCACAGAAGCUACUGAUAUGAAGUGACUGACACUGAGCUACUGAUACAGAGCACCAGAAACGGAGCUUUUUAUAUGGAGCUACUGAUAAGAGCUUUUGAUUCAGAGCUACUGAUGCAAAGAAAAUGAUAAGGAGUUACUAAUACAGAGCCUCUUUCAUGAAGUGACUAAUAAAGAGCUACUAAUAAGGAUUUUCCAUCAGAAGCUAUUGAUACAGGAACUACUAACUGAGGAACUACUGAUACUGAGCUACUAAUACAGGAGCUAAUGAUAUGGAGCUACUGACACUUGAACUACUGAUUUUUUACUACUGACAUAGAGUUACUUUUGUGGAGCUAUUGACAUGAAGCUACCGAUACAGGAGCUAAUGGUACUGAGCUACUAACACAGAAGCUAUUAAUGGGGAGCUAGUCUUAUGGAGCUACUGAUAACAAGCUACAGAUGAGGACCUACUAAUACCGAGUUGAUGAUGCUGAGCUAUGACUGCUCUGCUAGUACAGAGCCACUGCAUCUACUACUGGUACAGAUAUGAAGCUACUAUAUAUCAUACUAUAUACUGUAUAUUGCAUACUACUUAACAGACUGCAAUUGAUAUGGAGCCACUGAGAUGGAGUUACUGAUCAAGAGCUACUGAUACAGGGUUUAUAAUAUGAGGCUACUCCUAAUACCGAGUUACUAUUAUGGAGUUACUAUUAUGGAGGUACUAAUAUGAAAUUUCUAAUGUCGAGCUUCUGAUACAGAGUUACUUGUGCCAAGCCAUGAUGGAGCUACUGAUGCAGGAGGUGCUGCUGCAGGUGCUUCUGAUACAGAGCUGGUGAUAGGGUGCUUGUAAUACAGAGCUACUGUAUUGGAGCAACUGAUAUGGAGCUAGUGAAACAGGGCUACUGAUACCAAGCUCCUGAUUCAGAAGAAAUUAGUAAAAGCCACUAAUAUGGAGUUAACAAUACGGACCUUCUAAUAUAGAGUUACUGAUGCCAAGCAAGAACAGGAAUGCUGAUAGGGAGCAACAGUGGCCAACUGACUGAUAUGAAUUUGGAGCUACUGAUACCAAGCUACUAAUGAGAAGGGUAUGCAGUCAACUCUCCACCAAUGAGCUCGCCACCAAAGAGUUUAAUUGAUCAAUUGUGAUUCAAAGCUUAUAGUACAGAGCUACCGUGAUGGAGCUAUUGAUACGAGGCUAUUAAUACAGUGCUGCUGAUAUGGAGCUACUGGUAGGAAGCUAAUGGUAUGGAGCUACAUAUACGGAGCUACAGAGUACAUUGAUGCCAGGCUAUAAUGGAGAUGCCGAUAGAGAGCAAUUAAUACAGAUGUAUUAAUAUGGAUUUACUGAUAGCAAACCACUGAUUCCAAGCUACUAAUACAGAGCUACUGAUUAGGAGCGUCUAACAUGGAGUUCCUACAAUAGUGUUACCGAUAUGGAUCUCCUACAUUAGAGUGACCAAAAUGGAGCUCCUGAUAAAGAGCUGUAGAUACUGAGGUAUUGAUAUGGAGCUAGUAAUAUAGAGUUACUAUUAUAACAUAGCAAGCAUGUAAGGCCUAUCUAUUUCCUUGGGAGAUACCAUGGCAAAAUGAGCAUGUAGCUCUUUCUAGUAAGGAAAUUAGUUUUGGAGUUCAUGAUAUUUCAUUCCCAAACACAAUAAAAAUUGUGGCUGGAAACAAAACUAAGCUUUCUGACUUCAACUGAGGCUUUGCGAUGUUGGGUAAUCUUCAUUAAACAGCAAAUAUUAAUUGAAGUGUUGAUAUAUCCUAAAAGUGUUGUUGAAUGUUUUGAAAUCGUAUAAUUCUCAGAAAUUUCAACACAGAGCCUUGCCAUUUACUGGUUGUCAAUUCCAGUUAACAACAAUUCAGGCAUGGUGAGUCUACCUCAUGGUUUGGUACACGGAACAAAUUUAUUCAUUUUUCCCUUCUGACCAGAAAAUUUACCAUUUUUUAGAGAAAGAUUUGGUCACGAAAUAUUUUUUGGUCGUUUUUACCUUCUUAUUUAUUCAUAGUUUUGGGUAUAACACGAGGUAGACCUGAGAUAGCUGUAAUAAUCUCUUUUUUUUAAACACAACUUUUGUCUACAUGCUAUGCUAUAAAAUAAUUGGUUCAUGGGAAGUUUGGAGAGCAUGAGAGCAGCAUAAGAAUCACUCGACAAACUUCCCAAGUGCAUUUAGAAUUGAUAUAUGCAUGCUAGGCACGGACCAAUUCCUUAAUAUAGAACUUCUGAUGCAGAUGAUACUGAUAUGAGCUAAUGACAAAGAACAACCAUUACAAAGCUUCUGAUAUAAAGCUAGUGAUGCAAGACUUACUAAUACCCAGCUAUUGAGAUGGAGAUAUUUAUAGGCAGCUAGAUUACAUACAAUAAAGAAGUAUGUCAAGCUCGGCACUGAGUGAAAUGACACCCAGUUUAGGCAAGCAAAAUGUUUCAAGCUAGUUGAAAACAACAAGAAAAUGGAAAAUGGAGGAGAUCAAAGAUCCUUGGCCAAAUGUAGAGUUUGUGAAGAAUAUGUCAACAUUGAAUGUGACAAGUGUAACAUUCAAACAGCAGAAGAGAAAAAAAACAUCAGAACUUAAAAAGAAAUAAGAAUCAGAUCAGAACAGAACAUUUUAGAGAACAAACACUCUAGAAUUGGAGAAAGAUUUGGUGUUUUUAGAUCCACUGCUUUUCCUGUAUGCUGAUUAUAAAAUCAUACAAGAUGAAGAGAUGCGAGAACAUCAUCCUACUCUUGUGUGUUGGCAAUGAAGAGGAGGAUGAAGACACACAAGUAUUUUAUGGGGAAGACAGUUCCAAGUAAUAUUUUGACUUCUUAGAUGAAGUAGCUUUAUAGACAACAUUGUGCAGAUGAGAAUCAACUGUAUCUGUGACAUUAGGUCCUACCAUGUCAUUUCCUAAAGCCUUUGGUCUCAUGGAACUCAGGUGGGUAAUUUCUCCCUCACUUGUUUAACUCAUGUGAACAUCACGGUUAUGGAGGACCCAUACCAUAGUGCGACACUUUAAUCCCAAUGGUAUUUAUCAUGACAAGUGACAAGAAUUUGAGACCUGGUGCCAUGAUCAAACGAAACAAGAUGUAAAUGUUCAUUCACAUCAAGAAAUGGAAGAGUAUUGCAUCUCUGAUGUCAAACUCUUGAAAGCAGAGUGUCAGUUAUCACAUCAAUUUUGAACUUCAAAAGGAUAUAGGACUUGAGAUCAUGAAGAGAAAACUAGAAAUAUAGCUGGAAGUGAUUCAUUCAAUAGAACUUGAGACAGAAGUAUGUCUUCAUAACUUAACUCUUCCGCCUUCAAAACACAUUGAUCUCAAUUUCCUGACACCAUUUGACAAUUUUCAUUUUUCUAAAAUCCAUGUGAUUAGAGUUUAUCUAAAAAAUGAUGGAGUGAGUGAGUGAGGUACUUACAUAUAGAGAUGUGCGUAAACCCUCAUCCAAACUUGUUCCCUCAUGCACAUCAAGAAGCAACAUGAAGAGCAAAUGAAACCAAUCGCCGUAGAAAACAAACCCUAAGAACCUGAAGGUAAAAAGAUGGUCUUUUCCCAUUAGCAGCUCCUACUCCAGCUCUCAUAAAGGGUGGAGAAGCCAUAGAAGCUGGAGCUGUAUCAAAAGUCAUCAUAUAAGGUGCCAAAAGGCUUUAGAAGCUGCCACCCGAAGACAUCAAAAAUUUCUCAAGCAUCAAAAAAUAAUCAUUCUUGCAAUAAAAACGAGAAGAAAAAGAAUAACAUUUUGUUGUAGUUGAUAAAUGUAAAUGAGCAAGUAUGUGUCUUGAAUCACUUGAUCUUCUCUCUUAUGUCCAUUAAAAAAAUCAAUAAAAUGUUUAAACAUCUACUACUCUCUUCAUUUCAUUUCCUUUCUGACUCUAUGACAUCAUUUCUGUUGACCAGUGGCACACUUACAUGUAAUCAAUCAUUUCUGGCUGAUCUGGGUAAGUUUCAAAUAACAUGUCAGUGGGAGAUGGUCUGACAGGAGUUUCCUUUUCCUCUUUUCCUUUUUUCACCAAAUCCACAUUAAUCCAACACCUACACAGUUGCUAUUUCCGAUAAGAAUGCAGCACUACAAAAUUUCUUCCAGUUUAUAGACAGAACAAUAAGACUGAUAUGCAAACCCUCACAGGAACAAAGAACAAUGCUCUAUGGCCUCAAAAGAAUUCACUCCUUGAAGUUCCAGUCCAUGACUGUACCAAAUAGCUUGAUAGCCAAGGGACGAAAUUUUUUGUAUCCAAUACUCGGUAAUGACCAACAAUCUUUUCUGUGAAUGGCAUUUGAGGAUUAAAUUCGUUGAUGAUACCACAGCAUUAGAAAUCCAGCCGAGAAAUGGUAUCAGCUUACUAAAUGUAGCUGUCAAUGAUAUUCACAAGUUUUUUUUAUCAAAUAUAAUAUGAAAUUAAACCAGAAAAAUGAAAAGAAAUGUUAAUUAACUUUAUGCAAAAUGAUAAUUUUGCUACAAGACCAGUUACCCUAGGUAACAACAUGUUUGAAUGUGUAACAGCUUAUAAAUUACUCAGUGUUACAAUCAGUAUUGAUUUAAAGUGGAACGAGCAUAUUGAUUACAUGUCGAAAAAAGGUUUGAAACACCUGUAUUCUCUGAAGAUUCUUAAAAAAGUGGGUGUUAAUAGAGAGGGAAUUGUCAAAGUUUACUUGACAACAAUAAGAUCUAUACUAGAAUAUGGCAUACAAGUCUGGCAAGAUAUUCCUGAAUGUCUUUCAUAUAAGCAGCCAGGAGUCAAUUAAAAAAAAAGGGCACUUCAUAUUAUCUAUCCAUCCAUAGUUACUUAGAUGCCCCUAAUACUACCAACCUUAGCAGCUUGAAAGGAAAUCGAACUCAGCUCUGCUGUAAAUAUAUUUAGAAGAUGAGUCAAAAGGACCACACCAUUGAUUUCCUCAAGCCAAGAACAGCAUCUAGUUAUCAUAGUUACAACUUGCAGGCCAGCAACAACAAUAGAAAUAUUAUUUAUGCUGAUAGGAGUUGUUGCAAGACCCAGCAUUCAGGUUCCUUUAUUUCAUUCAAUAGUAAAUAUGUGAAUAUGUAAAUAAUUAUGAUAUUUUUAUUGUCUCUAUAGUAGUAGUAGUAGUGUUAAUUAUUAGUUGAUUGUUAAUUCAUAGCCCUUUAAUUCUGUUAAUUCUGCAAUGUGGCAAAUAAAUGGUAUAUAUAUAUAUAUAUUAUGGUAAAAUGGUAUAUAUAUGUAUAUGUAUAUGUAUAUGUAUAUGUAUAUGUAUAUGUAUAUGUAUAUGUAUAUGUAUAUGUAUAUAUAUGUAUAUGUAUAUGUAUAUGUAUAUGUAUAUGUAUAUGUAUAUGUAUAUGUAUAUGUAUAUGUAUAUAUAUAUAUAUAUAUAUAUGUUGGCGUCCUUCUGUCUCGGGAGACAAUAGAGUUGCGCCCAUGGUCAGUCUGUGGUGGAGCUGCAGCGCCGGCUGUGGCUGUAGAGACCGAUCCUCGAGCGGCAGAUCCUGCUGCAGUUGCUGCAUGCGAAGACGUUGUCGUCCGAGGGGGAUGGGUUGGCCUCUGCUCUCUGGCGCCUGCGAGCUCUCUUGUCUUCCCACUGCUCCUCUCUUUUCUGCUCUGCUGUCUUGAUGGCUGACAUAUAUAUACACUAAAACCAAUGAAAAUCGAAAGUUUUCUUUUAACUUUUACUUUGCUUUUGCGCUAUGCGUUUCACCCCUGUUGCAGCUCUUCAGGCAUAGCAAAGUGUGUUUAUUGACUUGUUACGUAACUGAUCUAAUUGUAAUUACAAUAAUAAUAAUAAUUAUGAACGGGUUUAUAUUUCGAAAUAAAAACCUCUCUUUGUUAUUUCUCAUGACCUCAGAGGGGCUGAGAAUCUUGUAAAACAGAAAGAUAGUGAACUGAGGGGUCAAUCCUGCAGCACAUUCAUCAAUAUGCUUGCUGACUCCCAACAUACAUGUGUGUGGGUCUCUAAUUUGUUGUUUAUGAACUUUCACUUUCAUUUCUCAGGACAUCACCCGUUUCUCUUAUAUAAUUAUGUCCACAUCCUGCUCAUGUUAUUACAUAAAUCAAGUUCAUUGAGGUGAAGUUCAUCGAGUGUUUCAUCCAAAAUGUUUCAUUCAUGGUGGAGAAGGUGAAUUCUUUACCCUGUUUUAAAUAGGGGCAUGUUCCACAACAAUUUGUUUCGCAGAUUUUAACUUCUGGAAUAAUGUCCUUUUGCUUGGAGAAAUAGGAGUUUGUUAGCAUCUGUUUUAGGUUUCUGGGUUGUUGCUGACAGUGAAUUACUUUAGUCUUGCUCAUAAUGGAUUUUAAGGAGUUUUGGUUCAACAUGGGAAGUGUUUUCCUGACCAGCUGAAAUACUUGUGGAUUGUUGGGAUUGUAAGUUGUUACCAGAAAAAGGAGGUUAUUUUUGGAAGCUUGCUCUCUCACCCUUCUUACCUCUUCCGUUGUUUGGGUGAGGGCCUUGUUUACACUGUAAUCAAUGAUCUCAGCUAGAUAUUGUUUUCUCAGCAGGAUUUGUUUGAGAUCGUGGAGACGAUGUUUCCUUAUGUCCUGGUCCUCAACAAUCAAACAUAUCCUUCGAGCCAGGUUGUAUGGUAUGUUAUUUUUUAUGUGUCUUGGAUGGCUGGAUGUAGAUGGGAGGUAUUGGAAUGAAUCCAUCAGUUUAUAAUAAAUAUCAGUUGUUAAGUGAGUAUUGUCUUUUCUUAUCAUCACAUCAAGGAAUGGAAGCUCUUUGCUGCUAGUUUCAGCAGAAAGUUGAAUGCUGUCAUCUAGGCUGUUAAGAAUAUCAUGAAGCUCUUUUAAUUUAUCUUCACCGUAAUGUCAGUUUAUGUAACAGUCAUCCAAGAAUCUUAUCCAGUUUGCGUACACAUAAUGGCUUAUUUCUUCUCCCAUUUUAUUACAGACCUGGCUGUAUAAUUCACUCUCCAAAUAUCCGAGAACAAGGGUUGCAUAACUGCGAGCCAUUUUCGUUCCCAUUGCAGUACCUUUCUUUUGAAGGAAUAUUCUUUGCUGAAAUGUGAGUUGAGCCUCUCUGGAUGUUUAUUGGUCCAGUAUUCCAUGGCCUUUAACGCCGAGUUCAUGGUUGAUGUUUGUGUACAAGCUGGUCACGUCAAAUGAGACUAAUAUUGUACUUUCAGGUACUGUCUUUGGUAAAUAAUUGAGGAAAUUGAUAGUGUCCCUCAGAUAACUUCGGAUAUGGAAAGUAAACAGCUUGAUAACGAUCUCCACAAAGUUACUGAGUCUACUCGUUGAACAUCUAGGACCAGCUACUAUGGGCCUGAAUUUGAGAUCUGCUGGCCUAAAAACUCUAAUGUAUGGUUUCUUUUAGACUUUGGCAUCCUGACAAAUGAUCUUACUUUUAUGAAUCUUUGGAAGGCCAUCGAAAUCACUAGUUUUAAAAUCAAAGUGGCACAGGUAGUUCACCUCUUUCUCCGUAAGGCUGUGACUGUGAUUACUUGUCAACUCCUUUAUAAGUUGCAUAACAUUUUUGUCCUUGUUAGCGGUAAUUUCCUCAUAUGUUAGUGAGUCAUUCAGCAUUUCAAGUAGUUUAUUAGUAUAGUGUGUGCGGUCCAUAACAACGACUGCUCCUCCUUUGUCAGCUUUGAAUAUAAGUAUUUCAGAACCCCCUCUGAGUUCCUGUAGGGCAUUCUGCUCCUCUUUGGUUAAAUUGGAAUGUUUAAUGUCUCACUUGUAAUUCUUCAAGUGGAAAUUUUGUGAGGAAAUCUAUAUAAUUGUCUAGGGUAAUGGCAGAAGUUACUUAUAUUUUUUGCCAGACUUUCAUCGGUGUCUGAAGCGUCCGAUUUAUCUUCAAAAAAUUCCUUUUUCCAUAAGUUCGUGCAGAAGUACUGUAUAUUGGCACUGAUUUCACAUUGAUUGCAGAAACAGUCCUCACUUGUCAUUUCCCUAAACAUCUCCAAAGUCAUGUUUGAUUCUGAUUGCUGUACCGCCCCUGCCUCAAAAAAGGCCUCCAGUUGUAAUUUGACCUGCCAGUGCUCCUGUCAUUAUUCCUACUGGUACGAUUACUGUUAUGAAUCCUGCAGUUGUUUCCAGUGUUAUGGUUAGAGUUCCUUUCCUGUGGUCGACUUCUCUGUUGACAGCUACUUUGAGUUGAGUUUCACUGUUGGUUCCUCUUUCUUGGUUGUUGUGAGACUCUGUUGCCACUAUUUCAGCUAUUAGUGGUAUCUCUGUUUCUGCCACUUGUGUUAUUGAAGUAUUGGUUGUUCUUUCUGGGGCAGCUAUUGUUUUGCCAUCUGUUUGAUGGUUGCUUGGACUUUCCGCGUCUCUGAGCUUGGUUUGUUGACGGGUUAGGUGCCGUAUCCUCCAAGUUGGUGAUAUUUUCUCUGUUGCACUUGAAUUUCUCAAACCAACUUUUCUUUACUUCCCACAUGUUUUGGGAUUUUUCCUCUUGCUUUUUACAGUCACUCCUCCAAAGCUCUUGGAGUUGUUGGCGAAUGUGGACAGAAGAGAUUGUCUAUAUCUCAUUCAGCAUUUUGCUGUCCUUUUCUUUGAAUUUUGCCUUGUUGCGUUCUGCUACCACAUGGUGAAGUUUGGCUUGUGCCUUCAUCUUUUCCAAUGAAAGUGCCUCUUUUUUUUUUUUGCCCCUCUGGCUUGCUGGGAAAUUGUCCCUGGAAAACCAAUCAACAUAAAUGACACAAGUGUUCUUAUUUUUCAGCAUGUUCCAAAAGGCUUGCUUUCUCUGGUUCAAAUUAUUAUGCCAUAUCUAGUUCAUGCUCCUCUGGAUUCUAAAGGCUUCAUUCUUAAUCCAGAUUGUAUUAGUGUCAUUCAGUAGAGUAACAUUUUGGAGGUCUUUCAUUUGCAAUUAACCCUUGAACUAAAACAUUUACAGUAACUGAAACUGAAUACCAAAAAAUGGAAAAAUUCAUUUACUCUGAUCUACACAAAAGUAUUUUACAUCAACUAGCGAUGAUGAAAAUAGGAAACUCUCACUCCAUGGAGAGUGAUACUAGGUGAAAAAUUUUAGCUGUUAGCACAAAAAGCUAACUAUAAGCACAAAACAGAAAUUGUUCUUACUCCUUUGAAAUUCCAUACAUUAACAAUCCAUUAAUACAUUUAUAAUUCCAGUAAUUCGUUGACAACAACUAAACCCAUCUCUGUUGUCAUUACAUCAUGCACGAGUAAGGAACCCCUUAUGAACAAUACAGUAUAAGCAAAGAAACCUUCACUUUGUGUUGCAGCUGGCUGAUGCCCAGCUGCAUGGGUAUCCAUAUGAGACAUUUAAGCUUUUUUGUGCAUGCGUGGUGGCUGGCAUCCUCGAGCGGCGCCAUGAGGCCACCAGGUUA